CUUGGAUCCGUCCCCAGGGCCUAGUACGCUUCCCAAAAUCGACUAUCCCCAUCUUACUGCUCUGGAACACCGUUCAUAGCUGUCCAGUCUCAUCAAAACCGUCCUGAAAUCUCUUCUAGGAAAAGCUAAACGGCAAUUUUUAGCCUAGUUCGCUAACAGCUUUCGGUCUACGCUUCCUCCUCGAGCUUGCGAAAACUUCCAAUCCGUUUAUUCACUUAACUGGCAGAUAGUAGACACAAAUCAGACACGUACGCUCUACUAAGCCAGACCCACCGAUGCACAACGCAACGGUUUGCAAUAAGAUUUAUUCGGUCCUCCCCGAAAGAGGCAUUCGCCUGCUCACUAUUCAUCCCGGCUCAUCCUCUGAUAGGAUCAAGUGCGAUAUACAAGUGGCUACCCUCACAGAUCUACCUCCAUCUUACUGUGCCUUGUCUCACGUUUGGGGGUCCGACUUAGAAAAGGAAAGCAUACUUCUCAACGGCGAAGAAUUUUAUGUCCGGAAAAACAUGGCAGAGACUCUCUGCUGCCUGCGACGAGCAGAACAACGCGUGACCUUUUGGAUUGAUGCGCUUUGUAUUAAUCAAGACAAUGAGGAUGAAAAAAAUGUGCAAAUUCCACUGAUGGGGAAAAUCUAUGAAAAUGCCGAGAGAGUUGUUGCGUUUCUGGGCCAACAUCAAGAUUCAAGCGAUAACAUUUUCAGAAUCCUUCAAAGUCUAGAUCAAGAACAAGAUGUACUCAAACUACUCAAAAAAUUGGACUUUGACGAGGCUUCGAAGAUGAAUGACGCGCUGAAUAAGCUUCUCACACGAGAAUAUUGGUCCCGUGCUUGAAUUGUCCAGGAAAUCGUACUCGGUCGUCGUGACCGAAGGAUACAAUGCGGCACUGAUCAAGUCUCAUUUUCGGCCCUGAAAACCUUUCGUGACAAUUUACCGGGUGGCAUCUUUGCAUGGACAAUCCUUCCAGGAAGGUCUA